GUCGAUUUUUUGGGCUGUUUUCUUGUCGUGGCCUUGCUCUUGGUUGGUAGCCGCGAUGAUGCUCCUGGAACCCCUGGACAAGAUGGACCAAGAGCGUCUUCAGGAUCCUCAGGACCAAACUGGACUUCGUCAGAGCGGAUUUCUUUCUUCGGCGAAGGGACGGCUCAUGCAAGAAUCUUUCUCUUUCGUGCCAAAUUCGACCCCUGCAGGUGCUGCUUCCAGUUCGUCCACUGAUUGUAAGGCCGCCAAUAAAAACGUGUUGUUGAGCUUGAGCAGCUUUUUUCUUGUGACGUAGCACCUAUCUAGGUAAUGCUAAUGCAUCAAGAACAAGACAUAGAUAGAAAGAAAUAGAUAUGAUGAAAGCGCUAAGAAUAUUAAAGAGGCCUACUCUAACUCUACUGCUGGCGGAAUCGGAAAAACUGACUUCGGAUCUGCUGACCUCGGAACGGUUACCGUUACCUCUGCCGGUGAAAUGCCAUUCAAUUAUCGUGUGGGGCAGUCGUUUCUGACGAAGACGCAUUUUGUGCCUGUGGGUGCUUCGCAGCAGGAGGUGUCUUCGCAGGGGACGAAGACAGAUCCUGUGGUUGCUUCGCAGCAGGUUUCUUUGGGCUCGCUGGAUAAAGGUGGGGACGAUACUUUGGCUGUGGAUAUUAAAGGCUUCUUGCCGCAGGAAGGGAGUGAGAUAUCUGGCGGGUCGAUGGGAGCGCUAAAAUCUUUGUACGGUGGAGGUGAGAAUGUUGGAAAGCUGAACCCAGCAGCAGAACAUGGCACGACGGAAGUGCACGACGCACUCAAAAAUUGGGGGCAUGAGAAUAUAGUUGGGGGUCUUGUUGGUGGUCGUACUGAUCAUGAAGUCAAAAAUGCGAAAUUAUCCGAAUUCGGGCUGCCCUCCACGGCAAUGGAUAAUGAAGAAUCAACGGCAGGCGAAGAUGGUACUCCUGAUGAUACUGAUAUUAAGGACUCUGAAUCGCAGUGGUCUCAAGUGGACGACGAGGGGACAACUGAUGGCAAAGCAGGAGAGGAGGAGAUGAAGACACCAGAGACAACGCCUGCUGGCGGGAUGUCAGAACAAGGAAUGGGUGUUAAUGAGUUUCUCGACGAGCUGGAUGCGAUUGAGGAUCCGGCGGUGGGAAAGGCUGCGGGGGUGGGGACGACGCCAGUAGGGGCGGCGGCGCCAGUUGAGUCCAGCGACGUGGACGUGGACGGUGUUCUCCGUGAUGUGCUAGAGCCUGAAGAUUGGGAAAGGUUCGGUUUGAAAAGGGACGAGAGAGGCUCACGCUUGCCGGAGGCUAAUUCCGCCGCAAGUGAGGAGCCAGCGGCAGAGGCGACGCCAGCGGCGGAUGGGCAAAAGGAGGCUGCUGCACUAUCAGAGGAGGAGGUGCCAAAGGAGGAGGCGGCUGCUGCACCACCAGAGGAGGCGGCGGCAUCAACGGAGGAGAACCCAGUGGUGGAGGGAGGCGAAGGUGGUACUCCUGAUGAUACUGAUAUUAAGGACUCUGAAUCGCAGUGGUCUCAAGUCGUGUACGAGGCGGGGACAAACGAGGGCGCGCAGAAGCUUGCUGGUGCAGCUGCAGGCGAUCUAUCUGGUGUCAUUAAUCAUCCUGAAGGGCUUCUUUCUGGCGGGGCCAGCACAGAGGCGCCUGAUAGUGAAAGUUCCCGGUUAGAAGAGUACCCAGCAGGAUCGCCUAGUGAUCAUUCUCGAUCACAAUCUCCUUCACCUGGCGCUUUAGCGGAAGACAGUCAGAACCGGAAGUGGCUGGAAGACUUUCAUCAGGAACUAUUGGACGAACAUGCUCGGAAGAACGGUGGAGCUGUUCAGGGUAAAGUAGAUUCGGACCCGUUGGAGGCUGGACAAGAUGAGGGAGUUUUAGAUAGCAAGGGAAACGACAAUGUCAGCAAGUUGUUAGCGGAUGUUUUGGCAAACAUGGGGGAGGCAGGAGAUCGGACUGAUGAUUCGACGCCGGUGGGAGAUUCUCUUGAUGCGCUGCCCCUCAGUUCUGCGAAUUCUGGACAUGCGUCGCUAAAGGGUCAAGCGACGACGGAGCCGCGUGAUGAACACUUGACGCCUGCAACACAUGGACAUAGAGUGCCUCAAGCUGAGACAGUGGAAGAACCGAAUCCGGCAGUGAAGGGGCACGCGGCAUCUUCGGGUGUAUUGCUUGAUGGGUCGUCUGCGAGUGCUGAGUCUGGUGGACCUGGACCAUCUGCGGAUGCGGCUGGUGAAGGAUCUCAAGCUGGGGCCCUGGGGUCUUGGCAUGGUGAUGCGAAUGGGGUCAGCAAAGGCCAGGAGCCAACAAAGGCAGAACCAGUCGAGGAGGCGCCAAAAGCGGUGGCACCAGCAGAGGAGGUACCAAAUAAAGAGGCGGCACAGGUAGAGGAGGCGCCAGUGGCAUCAACAGAGGAGACGCCAGCGGAGGAGGCGGCACCAGCAGAAGAGGCGGCACCAGCGGAGGAGGACGCAGCGGAGGAGAAGCCAGCGGGACCGGAGGUGGCACCAGCGAAGGAGGAGCCAGCGGGGCCGGAGGUGGCACCAGCGGAGGAGGAGCCAGCGGAGCAGGAGGCGGCAUCAACAGAGGGGGUGAUGGUGCAGGAGGGAGUGCAAAUGGCACCUCCAGUUGGAGGGGUGCCUGAUGGACGUGGAUCAUCUGGUGUGCCUGCGGAUGCGGCUGCUCAUUCCGCAACUCCGUCCGCGGCCGGUGGAGGAUAUCAAGCUGGGAUGCAGCCUGCCGCGGGAGGAAGAGCUGGACCACCCACGGGAAGUGACGUGCCGGCGUCUUCUGGUGCAGAUGCAGCACUUGCAGAUGGGGCAAAGGAGGCUGCUGCACUACUAGAGGAGGCCUUCGAUCCUCGCAAAGACGACGAGGCGAUGUUCGAUCUCCUCACGGACCGAGGCAUGGCUUCUACCCCUUCUUCGGCUCGUCUCGCCUUCGAUCCUCGCAAAGACGACAAGGAGAAGCCAGUGGAGGCUGCUGCACCAGUGGAGGAGCAGCCAGCGGCGGACUCUGCUGCACCGGCGCAUGAGAUGUCAAAGGUGGCGCAAGUUGAUGUGGGGAAGCCAGUGGUGGAGGCGGCACCAACGGCGGGGGCGAUGAUCCAAGCUGAUCCCGCUGUAGCGGGGCAAAGUGUGCCACAUGCUAGCACGCCUACUUCUGCGUCUCGUGGAUCCCCUGCGAAUGCGGCUGCUCAUGCCGCAACUCCGUCCGCGGCAGGUGGAGGAUAUCAAGCUGGCUCCGCGUCUGCGGCAGGUGGACCAUCUGGAGCUGGUAUGCAGGGAGGAGGAGCUGGACCGCACACACAAAGUGGCGCGUCAGUGCCUGGUGGUGCAGCAUUUACGGAAGGAGAUGCGGGUGGGCAUGCAUCUGCGUCUAGGCAGGACCAUCAAACCAUCGCAACAAAAACACAGAGCGCUGCUCCUGGUGAGUCAGCUCCGGCUUGUGCAGGAGGAACGUUUUGUUUCAUGACAAGGUAAAAGAGACGAGGAGACAAGGAGUACGAGAAGGGGUGGAUGAAGUAUGUGGGUUUCCCUUUCUACUUUGUAGCACGGGGACUGCGAUGUGUGCCAAAGUGGAUUGUGGACGGGUUUUUCUGAAGGGGAAGGCGAUUAGGUGUUGAAGGUAAUAAACCCUGAGGAGACAGAGUUAGCUUCAGCACUAGAGAUGGUGAUGAUGAUGCUGAUGUAUAUAACAAGGGACGGGCUAAAAGUGUAAAUGCUUCUGGUUAUUGCAACUCGAAGCAUCAAAUAAAGGAGGAUCCCAAUUCCAUGAAUUUUCUUUUUAUUCAGUAGAUCAAUUCACGAGGGAGCAGGCCAAGCCUGUGGCGAGCGGUAAGUAGAAAACGGAAGGCACUAAAUAUGAUAAAACUUAUUGCUGGGUGGAUGAUCUACCGGUUGAAAAUGUAUUUGAUUUUUUUUUAUUCUGCUGCUGCUCUGGGUCUGGGAUAGAGAUUGUAGAAUAGUCUAAGUAAUUCAAUUUCAGCUCCUACAUUUAUUGAUAAUGAUAAAGCCGGGGGUAUCAAUCUAUUUGGAUUUGAAAUUACGACAGCGACGCGCAGACCACUGAAGGAGAACAAGGUGUCCGCUCACAGGCCUAAAGCGACUCGCAGAUUGAAAAAAAAUACGAGUGUGGCCGUUUAAGUAUUCUUAUUGUUUAUCAUGAUUUUCUUUUCUAUUGAGACAGCCGACGAGUUUAUGAAACAGAGUAUCCUGAAGAAAGGAAAAACGAAUUUUUAAGGCAAACUAUUUCGCGCAUUACAGACGCUUAUCUGGGAUUUGGAAAGAACAAAAUCGAAAAAACCAACAUGGACAUGCAGUAACGAUAUCCAAACGAAUUUGCUUUUUUUAUCUACAUCGAUGUCAUCGAGUCAGUGGCUUGAAUCAACAGGGUACGGUACACCAAGCCAAGUGAUCAUGUACAGCACUUACGUCUAAGACAGUGGCCCACGACCCGCAAAGACACAGGGGCACCUAGAAGAGCUUUGGCACUAGCGCUGGGUAGUCUCAACACUUCAAAUCGUCGCUUCCAGUUUGGGAACAAUGUUCGAUUCCUGAAUCGAUGAGCUUCCAAACGGAGAGACUAAGGCUCCAUAUCUUCGAUAGAUUUUCCUGUGGUGAGGGUGACUAAGACUAUGCUAUUAGCAGGUGUAAUAUUACGAAGAUGACUCGACAAUGAUCGAGUAAGGAUCGCAACAUGAAGCGGACACAUGACAUGACAAGCAUAUCCUUUUUUUUCCAGGAACAACGAACACUCAUAUACCUUUGGAACGAGCGUCCAGGCUAAAAACGAUGGAAAGUAUGACUAUUUAGUUAGUUGCACUCGACAUUGUAGUUCUACUACCUCCAUGGGUCGUUGCCUACUUCUAUAAUUAGUGAUAAACAUUAUAUGCAUGGAAUUCAUUGGGACUAUCUUGGAAACAGUAUGCAAAUUCUAACAUGAUCAUUGGAUUAAGAGUUCUCGCCAAGACUUGGUAUAGUUUCUCGAUGACCACGAUGGGUGUUGUAAGUACUUAGAAGUUCGAAAGAUGCUGUAAGUGGAGAAUGAAGUGCGAAAUUCAAAAUUUGAAGCAGUACUAGAUACUAUACUAAUAGUUCUUGUUCUUGACUACAUACAAUGAAUUUCGUCCGCACAAAUUCAAGAAAAAAGCACCUCCACCCAUCGCCAUCAGUGGAAACAAGUGAAAAACGUUG